AUGGGGGGCAAGAAAGAAACUAAGGCCGCUUAUUUCGACAAGCUCAAGGUUCUCCUCGAGGAGUACAAGUCGAUCUUCAUCGUGACGGUCGACAAUGUCUCCUCGCAGCAGAUGCACGAGAUUCGACAGUCCCUCCGCGGUGAGGGCGUUGUCCUCAUGGGCAAGAACACCAUGGUCCGCCGCGCGUUGAAGGGCUUCAUCUCGGAUUUCCCAGAAUAUGAACGCCUUCUCCCGCACGUCAAGGGCAACGUCGGCUUCGUCUUCACCAACGCCGACCUCAAGGAGACCCGUGAUAAGAUCCUCUCGAACCGCGUCGCCGCCCCCGCGCGUGCCGGUGCCGUCGCUCCCGGCGAUGUCUACGUUCCCGCUGGAAACACUGGUAUGGAACCUGGAAAGACCUCCUUCUUCCAGGCCCUCGGUGUCCCCACCAAGAUCGCCCGUGGUACCAUUGAAAUCACUACUGAUCUCAAGCUGGUCGAGGCCGGCAGCAAAGUCGGUGCUUCCGAGGCCACGCUCCUCAACAUGCUGAACAUCUCGCCCUUUACGUACGGAAUGGGCAUUUCUCAGAUCUACGACAACGGCCAGACUUUCGCUUCGUCUGUCCUGGAUGUCGAGGAGUCGCAGCUCUUGAAAGCCUUCUCGAGCGCCAUCAGCACCAUCGCCAGUAUCUCCCUCGCCGUCAACUACCCGACUCUCCCAUCCGUCAUCCACUCCGUGGUCAAUUCGUACAAGAAGGUCCUUUCCGUUGCCAUUGAGACCGAUUACGACUGGGAGGAAAUUCAGGAACUCAAGGACCGCAUCGCCAACCCCGACAAGUACGCUUCGUCCGCUCCUGCCGCUGGUGCUGGCGGUGGCGGUGCUGCUGAGGCGGCCAAUGAGGAGGCGAAGGAGGAGUCAGAGAAGGAGGAGUCGGAGGAUGAGGACAUGGGCUUCGGUCUCUUUGACUAA